AUGAUUGAAUUGAAACGAAGAAAAUUGUUUCAAGAACACGCGGCAUUUUCAAAAUAGGAAAUAAGUUCGGCGAGGAAAGCUCGACGUUAAUUCUGGCUUAAAAGAUUUACACAAAAGUGGAUUCCCAUGCCCCAAGAGUCCCCAUGCCCGGACUACAGCAUCAUCAUGCCGCUCACGGUGUUGGUCCUGGUGGGGGCGUUGGUUGCCCUCUGCGUCGAGCCAGUAUCCUCCCAUCCACACCAUCAGAACAUCACAAAGAGGGCUGACCGGAGGUUCUAUGAAGGGGCUAUCUACAUCCAUCCACCCCAAGACUCGCCUUCUCGGUACAGGAGGCAGCGGGGCCGCCACGAGGGGCGAUCCAUGUUCAACUCGUAUUCUUCGCCAGCUCGCCAACAGGGCGCCUUCUCCUACUGCUCGGGCGGGGGCAAGUGCCAAUUUUUCCUCUACUGCUGGCUGUCGGGGGGCUCCCUGGGCUCGUCGUGUGGGCCCCUCUUCUCUUGUUGCAUCACUAACAGCGACAAGCAAAUCAGCUCGGAAAACUAUGGGCCGGUCAAGAACGAUCCAUACUGCGGCCGUAGCGCUACGAGGACGAGCCGAAUCGUCGGUGGCAAUGACGCUUACUUUGGACAGUUCCCUUGGCAGGCUGUCAUUCAAGUAGGUGGAAGUAGAUGCGGAGGAGCGCUGGUUGGUCGAAGGUUUGUUGUAACGGCCGGCCAUUGCGUUGCCAGAUCUCAGCAUAAACCGCAAAGCAUACGAGUCACCCUAGGAGACUACGUUCUUCAUUCGAACGUAGAGAGCCUACCAGCCGAGACAUUUGGGGUGGCCGAAGUGCGGUUGCACCCCAAUUUCCGUUUCACCCCACAAGCGGAUCGCUUCGAUGUUGCUGUGGUGGUUCUGGACCGACCCGCACCCUACAGAGAAAACAUUCGGCCCAUCUGUAUUCCUAGGAAAGGUGCCGACUUCCUUGGCAGGACUGCAUACGCUGCUGGAUGGGGUGCCCUUGAACCAGGUUCGAAGCUUCGUCCGAAAGUUCUGCAGUAUGUUUCGGUUCCUAUCAUCAACAACAAGGUUUGCGAAACGUGGCACAGGAAGCAAGGCAUCAACAUACGGAUUCACGAUGAGAUGAUGUGCGCUGGCUAUGAAUACGGAGGCAGGGAUGCUUGUCAGGGUGAUUCUGGUGGCCCACUAAUGAUGGAGGACAAUAAUGUCUGGUUCCUCGUGGGCAUCGUUUCUGCUGGUUACUCCUGUGCAAAACAAUAUCAACCUGGAAUCUACCACAAAGUCUCCAGCUCUUCGGAUUGGGUCUCAUCAGCAAUGCACUGA